UACACCCAGAAGACGUCUUUCAAGUAUAAUAUCUUUGGGUUGGGUUACUGGAACCGGUGGCGGGAUAUCUAUUCGCAGAGGGGAACAUGUUUAUAUAGCACCCUCAGGUGUUCAAAAAGAACGAAUGAAACCUUUCGACAUAUUUGUUCUCGAACUUUCAACACGUAAAGUUCUUCGAGCUCCAGAAAUAUAUCGUCCAUCUGCUUGCACACCUUUAUUUUACAAUGCUUACACAUUGCGUAAUGCUGGGAUUAGACGUGGUAGUGGAAAAGAGAAUUUACAUUAUUAUGAUACGUUGGUAGUACCCAUCAUAGAUAAUACAGCUGAGGAAGAAGAUUUAACUGAUAAAAUGGCUCAGACGAUAAAAGAUUAUCCCGAAACAAAUGCAAUUCUUGUUAGACGCCACGGUGUUUAC